ACACACACACACACACACACACACACACACACACACACACACACACACACACACACGGGAUACUAGGGCGCACUACGUAGUCGUGUAGUGUGCGGUUUGGGACGUGGCCAUCGGCAUCCUGCGCGUCCAGGGCGCAGCCGUGGGUCCGCUUAUUUAACCAGUCGCGCGCACGAGCUGGACGGAACUGUUCGGUUGUCGCUACCGUCACAGCACCAGCAUCAACACUCCGUGAAUAGAAAAUGCAGAACGAGGAUGAUGAUGAGAUGCAUCAACAGGUGCCCUUUUCCCAGUUUAACACUGCUGGACUUUUCCCCUCGUAUAUACAUGGUGACGACAUGGGCUCCCCUGAGCACCCAGGUGUGCGGCAUCUUUAGGGCCAGCGUAAGUCAGCGUAGCAGGCUGCCGGAGGCCUCCCGUGGGCAGGCGGAGAGCGGAGGGAUAUAUUUAUCCACUGCUCCCCGCAUGCCCGAGGCCCUCCUGCGCGUCUUGGCAGAGGAAGGCGAGCAGAUGGAGACCCUACUGGCAGGAUCAGAGCUGUUGUCCCCGGUGGGCAGGUCUGAGGUCAGUAUGCCGGAGUGGGAGCGGGACUCAGAUGAAUGGGAGAGGCAGUUACAGAGGGAACUCCUGCUGAUCCAGAGGCAGCAGCAGAUCCAGAAACAGCUGCUCAUUGCCGAGUUUCAGAAACAGCAUCAGGCAUUACUGCGACAGCACCAGGCUCAGCUACAGGAGCACAUCAAGCUCCAGCAGGCAUUGUUGACCCUCCGACAGCAGCAGGAGGCUCUUGCAGAAGAGCGCACGCCUGAAAUCGAGAUAGAUGAGGAGGUUGAGGAGGUGCAGGGAGAGGAGCUGGAACGCCACAGGAGAGAGCAACAGCAACACCCACACCUCAACCACAGGAAGAAGGAGCGCAGCAAAGAGAGCCCGGAUCUUUUUCCUUCAGGUGCUAUGGCCAGCACUGAGGUGCGACAAAAACUGCACGACUUCCUGCUGAAUAAAUCAUCUAAAGACACGCCUGCAUCUGGUCACCCACUCAACCAGCGUGCCAAACUCUGGUACAUCACCAGCCAGCACAUGUCCAUGGAGCAGAAGUCUCCUCCUUUAGGAGAGAUGCCUCCUACGUUCAGAUCCCCUCUGCCCUCUGGCCUGGACACCAGGGAGGAGGACUUCCCCCUCAGGAAGACGGCCUCGGAACCUAACCUGAAGGUGCGCUCACGACUGAAGCAGAAGGUUUCUGAGAGGAGGAGCGGCCCUAUCCAGCGCCGCAGAGAUGGCAGCGUUCUCGUCACGCCACCUAAGAAACGCCCGCUGGAGCUCAGUGACUCCUCAGCCAAUGACAGCUCUCCCAGCUCUGGACCCAGCUCUCCCAUUGGCUUAUGCAGCAAUGAGAACGGCACAACCUUCCAGGCUAGCUCCGCCCAAAUGGAGAAGUAUUUACCACAGGGAGGAUUUCUGAAGGCAGACGGCUCUCUCACUCUGUUGAACCUCUACACAUCACCUUCCCUUCCUAACCUUACCUUAAGCCUCCACUCUGGGCCUUCGCCAAUCAGCCCUGCUUCAUCUAUAAAGGAGCGAGCAGGUGAAGCGAGCUCUGUAUCUGCUGCCUCCCGGGAGCCGAAGGUGAACACCAGCCAUCAGGCUCUGCUGCAGCACCUGUUACUGAAAGAGCAGACCAGACAGCAGAAGAUACUCUCAUCCGGCAGUGUCUCAGUUCUUCCCCAGUCUCCUCUGGUGAUGAAGGAACGCUCAGGCGGAGGCUCUCGUCCCAGGCUGCCUCGGCACCGGCCCCUGAACCGGACCCAGUCUGCGCCGCUUCCCCAGAGCACGCUGGCUCAACUCGUCCUACAGCAGCAGCACCACAACUUUGUGGAGAAACAAAAGCAAUACCACCAGCAGGUCCACAUGAACCAGGUGCUAUCACAGUCCAUCGAGCAGCUGAGGAACCCCACCGCUCACCUGGAGGAGGACGAGGAGGCGAGAGCACUGGAGCUCACGCUGCCCCCUGCUGGAGUCAUCCGGAGCCACAGCAGCAGCAGCAGCAGCAGCAGCAUUCACUUAGAGAGUGGCGUCCAGAACGAGACCUCCAGCACCCCGGCCAGCGUGAUCAGGGUGAAAGAAGAGCCGCUGGAUCCUGAGAGCAGGAUGGAGGAAGGUGGAAGGAGCGGAGGAGUGGCAGGAAGAAGGGAUGAACGAAACGAAAGAGGAGAGGAGCCGAUGAAAGAGGUCAAGUCCGAACAGAACGUAGAGAAUAUGACCGAGACGGACGUCUGAGAACGAGAAGAGGAUGAACUAAAGUGAGUCAGAGAGAAGGAUAGAAAGAGAGAAUGAAUACAAUCAAAAGCUUCAGAGAAAGGAAGAAUAAAGGAGAAGUGAAAGAGUAACGAGUGCAGGAGAGCGAAAGCACCUUCUUGUCUCGUCACCUCCUUUUGUCUUUUUAUUCUUUUUCUUCUGAAUUUAUGGUCAAAAUUGAGAUCAUUACAACUGACCACGUUAUCCCAGGCAAUCGCAAUGGUUAUGAAUGUGAUAUUACAGGUGAGAUCGGCAAUGUGACAGGUUUUAAAGAUUGAUAGUGUUUCUAUAACAUAUACAGAAGACAUGAUGUUAAAUAUAUUGAGUUAAAAUUGACUUAUAGGGUCAUUCAGCCAAGCACAGGGGCAACAUUAGUGUUCAUGUUUCUCUUUAUCAUUUAUCAAAAACACUUUCUCCUACACAUGUUCAACAUUGGGUUGAGAUCAAGUGAGACAUGGUCAAAGCCACAGCAUGUGAUUUUACAUAAUUACAUCAUCCUCAUCAAAACGUUCAGUGAGUCGUCAUGUCCUGUGGGUAUGGGGGCGGGGCCAUCCUGGAAGAGACCACGCCCAUUGGGAUAGAAAAGAAACAAGAAGAACUUUGUACUGAUGUAAAGUGACAUUUCGCUUUCUGAGGGGACAAGCGGAGCCAAGGCAUGGCAUUGCAAAUAAUCAAUUUCCCUCACUGCAUAGCAUUAAGGGACGGAGUAUUGAGCUUGAUUUUAAUGGAAGUGUGCAGAGGACAAAUGUGCCAAGCUGUUUAAAUAGACUUCUGGAUGUGAGCUUACAGCCUUAAUUAGUUUCUCCUCCAUCCUCCCUGACAUCCGUGUGACUGAGGAAACAUUUCUUAUGACUAUUCAAUUUGCUUCUAUUUGCUGAAACAUGUCCAAAAAGGUUAGAUCAGCCCAUUAUAAAUGAUUGACUGUUUGCCGGAUUGGGAGUGUAACUUUUGCACAUUGCCUUGUGUUGAUGAUCAGCGGUGAACAUUGUAGUUGUGAUGGAUAGAAAAAUGCUCUUGUGAACGCAGCUUAGCAUAACAGAUUGAGCAGAUUUGUAGAAAAGUUUUUAAAUGGUGAGUAAAAAGUUCAGAAUAUUCAGAAAACACUAAAAAUUUCAGAACUUGACCAAGCUGGGAUGGGGAUGGUGGAUAUGUCAUUUUACUGUGAUCUCUCUCUCUCUCUCUCUCUCUCUCUCUCUCUCUCUCUCUCUCUCUCUCUCUCUCUCUCUCUCUCUGAGAACUGACAGACACACACACACACCCACACCCACACACACACACACACACCCACACCCACACACACACACACACACACACACACACACACACACACACACACGACAGUCCGCCGGUGAUUUCUGCUGUUGUGUUUUCUCUUUCAUAUGUAUAUUGCUGUGCAUAACAUAGAAAAGCCAUGACCUCCAAAAUAUUGUUUUUACCAGCCAGAGGAUUCUCGGUGUCUGUGUAAAAAAAAAACCUGAUAGGGAGCUUUUCUGUUUUUCCUUUCUAAAUGUACAUAUAAGACCUGGGAUGAGUAUUUUUUUUUGUUUGCAUUUUGCUGAUCUUAAUUUAGUCCCCUGUGCUGUUAAAGAUGUCAUGUGCAUCCUGCCACAUUGGCCUUUAAAGUGAGCUGCAAGUUCCUCUGAGUGUUCUUUCAUAUAUUUUACACAUUGUGCAGUUUAUUCAUCUAAACACUGGGACUAUUUGUAAUUGUACAUUUUAAGGUUUUUAUUAUUAUUAUUAUUAUUAUUAUUAUUAUUAUUAUUAUUAUUAUUAUUAUUAUUAUUAUUAUGAGUAGUUUAAUUUAGCUGAUCUCAUCCAUCUGAUGAUUGAUGUGUACAUUGAUGUGUGAAGCAUAUGAGGAAUGACAAUCUGGCUCGAGUUCUUGGAAUAAAAAAGGCUUUGCUGUUUAUAAACCAAA